AUGUCGCUCAUCAACAGGGCUACAAGGGAGGACCUCUCCUAUUAUCAUUAUAACCCUUCAUUGGCUGUAUCAAUUGUUGCAGCAAUUCUUUAUUCCAUUGCUUUUAUCUUGACCUUGGUUCAAUGGAUUCGAUACAAAGCCUGGGUUUGGAGCGUCAUGGUGGUGGCUGCUGCAAUGGAAGCUGUUGGGUACAUUGCCCGCUGCGUUUCUGUUCAACAUGUGGCUGAUAGAUCGAUUUACGCCCUUCAACUCUGCCUCGUUAUCCUCGCACCCGUUCUUAUGGCCGCUUGUUGCUAUAUUCUAUUCAGUCGUAUUUUGAUCCUCAUAGUCCCUCAAGAGGCACGCACGUUGAAAUUAUGUUGGGUCCCUCCCCGGUGGAUCACACCAAUUUUUGUUGGAUUUGACAUCAUCGCCUUGCUGCUGCAGCUGAUUGGCGCCGUGAUGAUUUCGUCAGUCGAUUCUACCGAUACUGAUGCACAGGAUAAGCUGGAUAGAGGAAAGCACAUUGCGCAGGUGGGUGUCAUUAUCCAGCUGGCAGCCUUUGGAUUAUUCGCUGUGGCUGCUGUCCGUUUCAACUUUACCUCGAAACGCUUUGCAAAGUCUCUCGGUGAUAGAUAUGAGGACUUUGGGGACAAGGAGUAUCUCAUUGAUGGCAUUGCCAAGAAUAAGCAUUGGCCUGCUUUGUUGCGAGUGGUUAAUUUUACUACAAUUCUGAUUCUCGUUCGUUCUGUGUAUCGACUGGUAGAAUUCACCGAAGGCAAUACUGGCUACUUGAAUACGCAUGAAUGGCCCCUGUAUGUCUUUGAUGCUCUCGUCAUCUAUCCAUGUGUCGCCCUCUUUGUCUACUGGCACCCUGCGAGAUAUCUGCCUUACUUGGGAUUUCGAGUACCCAAGGAGGCGAACGGACUAUUCACUCUGCUCGCUUUGAGCAUUGUGAUGGCAGUAACAUCCUUUGUCGUCGGCUCAUUACCUCUCGCUUUUACACUCUCUCCGUCCCAACUACGCUUAAUAUCUUCCAUUGGCAUGGGAGUUUUGGUGGGAACUUCUUUGAUCGUGAUUAUCCCGGAAGGCAUCGAGACCCUUUACAGCGCCAACGCCCUCAGUCGCAAAGAACUCAAUACAAGGGCGACAGCUGUACAAUGGCACCAGGCACCCGCUGUGGCAACCGCCUUUGGUUCCAAUGAAGCCAGCGCCCACCUUCCAUCCGAUGCAGUUGUCCCAGGUCUGCUCUUAGAAAGUGAAGAGCCAGUGCCCACCGUUCACAUUGACGAAACCAAGUCGCAACGGUUGCGUGCCCGGAAGGAUGAAUCGAGCGACAAACUAAGCAAAGAAUCAGAGCACGAAGAUGAGGAGAGCUCGCCGCAUGCGUGGAUCGGAAUCGCCCUCAUCAGCGGAUUCAUCUUGAUGUACCUCGUCGACAAACUACCCGAAUUCGCAGCGCCUACCAAAAUCGACCGGACCCCAUACCAUAUCUCUCUGGACAACCUUGGAUCGGGAUUGCGACGGGGCUCCUCGCCCUCUCGCGAGGGAGGUUUCCUGGACGCAAACCAUGCCAGGCGUGGCCACAGCUUCGCGACCACCACCGGCCUGGUGAUCCAUGCUGCGGCGGACGGAAUUGCCUUGGGCGCAUCCAGCUCCGAUACCGGGCUGAGCUUCAUCAUCUUCUUGGCGAUCAUGGUGCACAAGGCGCCCGCAUCCUUUGGCUUGACCUCCAUUCUGCUCAAACAGGGUCUGUCAAGCCGUACCGCGAGAGCGCAUCUACUGGUCUUCAGUCUUGCUGCUCCGCUCGGCGCCCUGGCCACGUUCCUCUUUGUACAGAUGAUGGGAUCUUCCACCGCCGACGAGGCAGGCACUCAUUGGCGCACUGGAAUGCUUCUGCUGUUCUCCGGAGGCACUUUCUUGUACGUUGCUAUGCACACCAUGCAGGAGAAUGGCCCGGGAUCGUCGCCACGCGAAUUGCCUGUCAACGGAUAUGGUGACCGGGAUCAGAGUGGAUCGGACAAAUCGAUGAGAGACUUGAUUGCUUCUGUUUUGGGCAUGAUCUUGCCUCUGUUCUUGCAGAUCGGACAUGCCCACUAA